AUGUACAAGACUAUAGCCAAAAUACUUAUUGCCAGGCUCAAACCAGUAGUAGACUACCUAGUAGGACCAUCCCAAUCAGCUUUUAUAGAAGGCAUAAAUAUUCUUGACAAUGUGAUUCUGGUACAUGAAAUUUUCAAAAGCUACUCCUGGAAAACAGUUUCUCCUAGAUGUUUCAUUAAAGUGGAUAUAAGGAAAGCCUAUGAUUUAGUUGAAUGGGAAUUUGUAAGACAACUGCUGAUGGAGUUUGGAAUUCCUACCAGAAUGGUCAACUGGAUUAUAGAAUGUGUUAGUACUGUCAGUAAUUCCUUAUUAAUCAAUGGAGUAUUAUCUCCCAAGCUUGAAGCAAAAAAAGGACUAAGACAGGGUGACCUAAUGUCACCCUAUCUCUUUGUCCUAAUAAUGGAGUACCUCAAUAGGACCUUGAAACAGUUAAGCCAGAAAACAGACUUCAAACACCAUCCCAGAUCAGUGUCUGGUCUAAAGGCAAACAUGGAGAAAAGCAAUCUUUACAUAGCUGGUGCUACUGACCAGCUUAAACAGCAACUGAUUGAUGAGCUACACUUUGCAGUUGGCACACUCCCUUCUAAUCUUCCUCCUACCCAAGAAAAUACCCAAGAUGGUGGUAGGAGUGUGCAGGAACUACCUGCGAGUGGGACAAGUGAGUAUGCAAAAAAAGCACCUAUUGCCUGGGACACCUUAUGUCAAUCCAAAUCUUCAGGAGGGUUGAAUAUCAUACAGUUUGAGCAAUGGAAUAGAGCUGCCAUUAGUAAACUCCUACGGGCAAUUGCUAAGAAAAAGGACAAGAUGUGGGUACUUUGGGUUCACAUACACUACAUCAAGAAUAGAGAUAUCAAAGAGAUGGUCACUCCAAAGCAGGCUACAUGGUUAAUCAGGAAAAUGUUUGAUGCCAGACAAUGGAAGGAACUAGAAGAGCUUAAGAAGUGUACAAAGAAUGGAAAGUUCAGCAUUAAACAAGCAUACCUCUCAACUAUGCCACAACAACCCAAAAUACAAUGGAAAUCAUUGGUGUUACUCAAAAAUGUGAUCCCCAGGCAACAGUUCAUAUUAUGGAUGGUAGUUCAGAAUAGAUUAGCCACAACUGAUAGAUUAGCUGCUUGGGGAAUACAGGUGGAUCCUAUAUGUCAACUAUGUUCAGUUGGAGAAGUAGAAACACACAAACAUCUGUUCUUUGAAUGUAACUAUGCAAGUUUUGUCUGGCAAACUCUCCUCCACUGGACAGGUAUCAGGAGACAGAUUGGGACAUGGGAUGAGGAAGUGCAAUGGAUGUCCAGAAGAGUCACUAGUAGCAGUCCUAAAUGGGCUAUAUUGGGUUUUGUCUUCACAUCUGUUGUAUACCAUAUUUGGAUGGAAAGAAAUGCAAGAAGAUUUCAACAACAACACAGAAGCAAUGUGGAUAGGACUAGAGAAAUACCUUUACAAUUGCAUAUUGUAGGCCAAAGUAAUUGUAAAUGGAGUAGGAGGUUAGCAGACCUCAAUAGUUUUCCUUGUUAG